UUGAAAUCUUUCAUUUUCAAUAAUUUUCUUUUCCUUCAUAAAACUUUUUCCCGGAAAAAAAACCCAUCAAACUGUUAAAACCCUCCCUACUCUUUUCCUUCCUUCCUCUGUUUCUCUCUCCCUCACUGAAACACUGUACAAAGAAAAAGAAGAAGAAGAAGAAGCAGAGGAUGGAAGAAGCAGAAGAGCGAGAGCAAGAAGCCCAGCGGUUGAAAACACUAGCAGAGACCAGGUACAACGACUCCAACCUCAAAUCCGCACUUAAAUACGCCAAGCGAGCCCAAAAGCUCUGCCCAAAACUCAACGGUAUCUCCGCCAUGGUCACUUCCUUGAAUAUCCUCCGCUCCUCUUCAAAGUCCAACUCUACCCCUGACUGGUACAGCGUCCUUCAGAUUGAACCCUUUUCCCACCCCAACACCAUCAAGAAGCAGUACAAGAAGCUCGCAUUCCUCCUCCAUCCCGACAAGAACCCCCAUGUGGGUUCCGAGGAAGCUUUCAAGCUCGUCGGCGAGGCUUUUCGUUUCCUCUCCGAUAAGAUUAGGAGGAAAGAGUAUGAUAUGAAGCUCAGGAUUCGAAUUCAGAACGAGAAGAUGAAGGAAAGCGGUGGAUUGGUCGGUGUGAAGGAGACUUUUUGGACUGCUUGUACCACUUGCCGGCUUCUUCAUCAGUUUGAGAAAAGGUAUUUGGGUCAUAAUUUGGUUUGCCCAAGUUGCAGGAAGAGUUUUAAGGCUGUGGAGGUUGAGAAGGGUGAGGGUGUUGGUGGGGAAAAUGAAAAUGUUAGGGUUAGUGUUAGGGUUAGAAGUGAGAGGUUGAGGAUGAAGAAUUUGGGUGGUGAUAAAGGAAUUGGUGAUUCGAGUUCGAAACCUAAAAUGGGUAGUGUGGGAUUGAGGAGGAGAGUUGGGAGUGGUGAAAAGGGCAAGGAGAGAGCAAAGGGUGGGGAGCUGAAGAAGAAGAAGGGUGAAGUGGGUAGUGGUGGUGAUUCGGAGAGGGAAGCCCAUGGCGGCGGCGAAUGGAGUGGUGGGAGACUGAGGAGUGGGGGAUUGAGGAAGAGAAUGAGCAGUGUUGGGGAGGUCUUGGAGAGGUCUGAGUCCAAGAGAUCGAAAGCUAAUGAGGAAAUGAUGACAUUGGCUGAAAUGCAGUUGGAAGUCAAGCGAAAGUUAAAGAAGGAAAAGGUCAAAUUGAAGUUGAAGGAGAAGGAGAAGUAUGAAAGAGAGAAGCAGAAAAAGAAGGAGAAACAGGAGAGACGAGUUGAUUCAAAGAGGAAUAAGGAUUCUGCAGUUGAGAGCCAAGUUGUGUCGAAGAAGAGUAAGGACUUAGAAUUGGAGAAGUCUGGUGCUCUGGAGAAGAAUAGGGAUAAUGGUAGGAGCAGGACGAGAUCGAAUAAUGGGGACUUAGAGAUAAUGGCAGUGGAGGAUUCAGAUUUUUAUGAUUUUGAUAAAGACAGAGUGGAGAGGAGUUUUAAGCAAGGGCAGGUUUGGGCCAUAUAUGAUGAUGAUGACGGAAUGCCAAGGCAUUAUGGUUUGAUUGAUGAAGUUUCUGUAAAUCCUUUUGAGGUGAAGAUGAGUUGGUUGGAUCUUCAGAGCAAUGGGGAUGAGGGGCUGGUUUGUUUGGAGAAAAUGGGAUUUCAUGUAUCUUGUGGAAGAUUUAAGGUUUCAAGGAAGACUUCUAUUAAUUCAGUGAAUGUAUUUUCUCAUGUGGCAGAUUAUGAAAGGGCGGCAAGGGAGGUUUAUAGGAUUUAUCCCAAGAAAGGUUCGGUUUGGGCACUUUAUAAGGAGGCUGCUAAAGAUGCAGAGCGAAGAAAUCUCUCAGUUAGAGAUGAACGGAGUUAUGAUAUAGUUGUCCUCUUAACAACUUACAGUGAGAUGCAUGGUUUGAGCAUGGCUUAUCUCGAGAAGGUUGAUGGGUUCAAGACGAUAUUUAAGAGAUGCGAGAUUGGGGCUCAUGCUAUUAGAUGGCUGGAAAAAGAUGAUGUUCGGUUGUUUUCACACCAAAUUCCUGCAAGGAAGCUAUCUGGCGAUGAGGCUGCAGAUCUUUCUAAAGACUGUUGGGAACUUGAUCCUGCAUCUCUGCCUCCAGAUUUACUUGCAGGUCAGGGGAGAUAAACUCUUACUCUAGAUUGUAAUGCUAAAGGGUUGAAGGCUGUAUGUGCCAAUGUACAUGAAGUUCUCUACAAGUAAACUCUAAUCAAUUUUCUUAUUUUGUCACCUUGUUUUUGUUGUUCUCUAUACAUAUGAAUUGAAUGUAAUUAGGAAGAUGUAGUGGUAUACAAUUUGAGUUGACUGUCUAGACUGUAGAAUUUAGUUUCUGUUGUUUCUGGGGAUGAACAUGCCUUCAUCUAUCCACGAAGUUUGACUUGUGGUGGUUGGGACUUUGUAGAUGGAAGUUCUGUCUUGUUUGAAGCUAGUGAGUGUUGGGGAGCUCAGGUAUUAGGUUGCUUGAGCUCUGCAAUGCUGUUGUUUCUCUUUUUGUUGCCAAUGAUAGACUCAUUACUUUUCUAUUUUUAAUAGAUUCAACAAAAUCUCUUUUUAAUAA